GUGAGCGACUUUGGACUGACCAAGUUCAAGGACGAUAUUGACAAGGGUGGAGGCGCGGACCACCACGUCGGCAGCGUCCACUGGACCGCGCCCGAGAUCCUGAACGAGACACCCGACGUUGAUUACGUCCUGGCCGACGUGUAUAGCUUCGGCAUCAUCCUCUGGGAACUGUUGACCAGAGAACAGCCCUUCUUCGGCCUCAGCCCCGCGGCGGUAGCAGUCGCGGUGAUCAGGGACGGGCUCAGGCCACGGAUGCCCGCUCCCGAGGAGCAGAUGGUGGGCGCGCACCCGGUCGAGUUCGAGGAGCUGAUCACGUGCUGCUGGCACACGGACCCUGUCAUCCGUCCUACCUUCCUCGAGAUCAUGACGCGCCUGUCGGCAAUGCACGGCGAUGCCGCCGGUUCGUACACCUCGACCACCAACUCGUCGAGCGGAGGCCGAUCCGCCCCGGCGGCCAAGCCCAGCUACGGCUCGUCGUGGACUCUGCCGUCGGCCAGCGGCUCGGCGUCGAACUCAUCGACGUCCAACUCCCCCCGGCACUCGGCGGUCGCUGCUGGCACCGGUGCCGUGCGGGCACCCGAGGGCGAGGUGGCGAUUGUGUUCACGGACAUCACCCGCGCCGCGUCGCUGUGGGAAUUCAACGCGGCAGCCAUGCGCGACGCCACGCUGGCGCACAAUCACGCCCUGCGGAGCGCCCUGGCCAAACACCGCGGCUACGAGGUGGUGUUCAUCCGCGAACGCAACUCGGGCGAGGGCUCGUUCUGCAUGGCCUUCCAGCAUCCCGCCGACGCGCUCGCGUGGUGCGCCGACGUCCAGCGCGUCCUGCUGGACAUCGAGUGGCCGGAGGCCCUGCUCGACCACCCCGGCGCGGCCGAGGAGUGGGGCGACACCGACGACCGGGUGCUGUUCAGGGGCCUGCGGGUGCGGAUGGGCGUGCAUGUGGGCACGCCCAAGGUGGUGCAGGACCCAAUGACGAGGCGCGUGGAGUACAUUGGGCCGGCGGUCAACGCGGCGGCGCGGAUCACGGCCCUCACCCACGGUGGCCAGAUCGUGGCCAGCCAGGCCGCGAUGGACAAGGUCAGAGCCAGUGACCCGAGCUGGGAGCGGCUCAACCGUGUCUCCAGCCUGGGCAGGUUCGAAAUGCCCGACGUGCCCCAGGGCUCGAAGCUGUUUGAGAUUCAGGUGGCGGGGCUCGAGGGCCGAUUCUUUGGAGGCGUGACGCACGAAGGCAACGUGCCAUCGGCCAACAGCAACAGUGGCGGUGGCGGGAGCAGCACCUACAGCGAGGGUCGGGCGGGCAGGAGCCACGCGACUGUCUCGGCCGGCAGUCGCGACGGGCGCGACUAUGUGGAGACGGUGGUGGGCGAGGGCAUGGCGUUCAAGGAGGACAACUUCCUGACGUCGGCCAACCUGUGUCGAUGGAUCAUCGACUUUGGCGAGAUCCAGGUGGGGAAGCAGAUCGGGCUCGGCUCGUACGGCGUGGUCUACCGCGGCAAGUGGAAGGGCGUCGACGUGGCGGUCAAGAAGUUCAUCAAGCAGCAGCUCGACGAGCGCCGCAUGCUCGAAUUCAGGGCUGAGAUGGCAUUCCUCUCCGAACUGCACCAUCCCAACAUCGUCCUCUUCAUCGGAGCGUGUGUGAAGCGGCCCAACUUGUGCAUCGUGACCGAGUUCGUCAAGCAGGGUAACCUGAAGGACAUUCUGGCCAACAACGCCAUUAAGCUCACCUGGCAGCGGAAGCUCAAGCUCCUCCGCGGCGCCGCGCUCGGCAUCACCUACCUGCACUCCCUGCACCCCGUCAUCGUGCACCGCGACCUCAAGCCCUCCAACCUCCUCGUGGACGAGACCUGGAAUGUGAAGGUUGCCGACUUUGGGUUCGCGCGGAUCAAGGAGGAGAACGCCACCAUGACCCGCUGCGGCACGCCCUGCUGGACGGCCCCGGAGGUGAUCCGCGGCGACAAGUACGGCGAGAGCGCGGACGUGUUCAGCUUCGGCGUGGUGAUGUGGGAGGUGCUUACCCGGCGCCAGCCCUACGCCGGGCGCAACUUUAUGGGCGUCUCGCUCGACGUCCUGGAGGGCCGGCGCCCGCAGAUCCCCGGCGACUGCCCGGGCGACUUCCGGCGCGUCAUGAAGCGCUGUUGGCACGCCAACCCCGACCGACGGCCGCGCAUGGAGGACGUUCUGGCCUUUUUCGACAAGCACCACGUCGACGAUGGUGGCGGCGCUGGCGACUCCAUGGCCUAA